UGUUGACCUUCGCGACCCCGCUGUUCAUGAACUCCUUGGCUCGUGAGGCGUUGGCAAUUCCUGUGAAUGGAUGUCUCGAUAAAGAAUAUAAGUACAGACAUAUAAACUCUUUGCUUGAGGCCAAAACAAAUGACCUUCUGAGAAGCGCAGGAAAAAUACUUGCUCAGGAAGCCCAGAGUAUUGAUGAAUGCUCAUAUAUCCAGCCAAAUCAAAGUCCAAAAUGUUACAGUCCUAUGACAGAAAAGAGCGACUUUCUGGAGAGAAAUCCUGAGCAUAAUUGUGAAGUUGACAACGGAAUAAGUUCUCCUGUUGACGAACAUAAACACAACCAUGAGCCUUAUUCAGACAAAGAUGAAAUAAACGACCGCAAUGUUCUUCCAGAACCUGCCGAAGGUCUAGGUCUGAAAGCUCAAAAUCGGUACCUGAAAGCAAAAGUUCGCGUACUAUUAGAAGAAAAUCAAAAGCUCAAUUCACAGAUUACUCAUCAAAAUGAUGAAAUUGUUCGAAUGAAAAGUCGUAUGCAAGAACUGGAAGAAGAACGCAAUCGGUUACAUCGAGUCACAUCUGCACAUUCAUCUCAGUUAGAAAAAAUGAAAAAAAGUUUGGGCGAAACACGCGUUCACUGUAAUGAACUAGAAACAGAAAAGACUAAUUACAAAAAGGAUUAUGAUUCACUGAAACGUAAUUCUGAUCAGCAAGUUUUCGAGAUCAAAUCUUUGACUACACGUCUUAAUCGUGCAAUUGAAGAAUCUGAUCGUUAUAAAGCUGAAUUAGACAAGGUCCGUUCAUCUACACGUGAGAGCGUUGGAUCUAUGCGUCAUAAUAUGGAUAAUUUAAUGGCUGAAAAUAAGCGGUUGGAAAAGCAGAAGUCCGAAUUAAUUUCAACAUUUAAAAAGCAAAUGAAGUUGAUCGAUAUAUUGCGUAGACAAAAAAUGCUAAUCGAAGCCUCGAAGUGCUUACAAAUAACAGAAGAUGAAUUUCUGAAGGCUCUCGAUUGGUAAAGUCUUUAAACACAAGCAUUUUCUUCGUAAUAUAUUAAUCGUCUGAAUCAAAACAUUUCAUAUUAUCAAUGAUUGUUUACGUUCUGCAUGCUUUAUUUAUUUAAUUUUUCACAGUUGUAUUGUUUUUAUAUUAGAUGAAAUAUAUACUUGCUAUCAAAAAUAUGUUAUUAAUCGCAUUAAUCACGGAUUUCUCUUUGCGAUGUGGAUUGAUCUAUGUUGCUUCAGUUAACAAUAUUCCAUUAUACCGUUGAAUAUUUUUUCUGUAAACUAAGUUUUGAUGUCUUUUAAUUUGUUAACUAAUCAAUUAGUUUUUGGGGUGAUCUCAGCUUUAAUGAAACUACGA